AUGACCACCGCUUUUGAUUUCUCCGACUACUGCUACGUUUUCUUUGUCUGGAUAAUUGCAACUCUCUUGGUGAAUUCUUUCAUCGCCAACUUCCGCUCCAAUUCUCGCCGCCACCCACCAAGCCCGCCGGCCCUACCCAUCAUCGGCCACCUUCAUUUACUAAGUGCUAGACUCCCAACGUGCUUUGAAGCCCUAGCCAAGCGCUAUGGCCCUCUCAUGCAAAUAAGAUUUGGCUCGUCAACUUUCCUUGUUGUUUCCGACAUAUCCUUAGCGAAGGAAAUCUUGAAGACCCAUGAUGUUGAUUUUGCGUCCAAGUACGUGUUUGGUCCGCAACAUCAUUCGAUAUACAAAGACGAUAGUUUCAUAAACUGCCCAUAUGGCACAUAUUGGCGGUUCAUGAAGAAGCUAUGCGUGACGAGGUUGUUUGCGGGCCCACAGAUCGACCGGUUCAUGCAUAUCCGAGAGCAGGAGACGCUGAAGCUAUUGAAAUCGCUUAUAGAUCGGUCUAGUAAAGGGGAAGAGAGUGAUUUGAGUAUGGAGCUGUCGGCGUUGACCAACAAUCUGAUUUGUAGGAUGGCGAUGGGGAAGAAAUGGUCUGAAAAUCCUAAUCUGUCUUUGGAGAUUAGGAAUUUGGUUAGGGAGAUUAUGGGGCGUGGUGCAAAGUUGGGUUUUGCUGAAGUUUUUGGGCCUUUGAAGAGAUUUGACAUAUAUGGAUAUGGGAAGAAGCUUCGGGAGGCACUUUGGUCGUUUGAUGGGGUUUUGGAGCAGAUCAUGAAGGACUAUGAGAAAAAUGAGAUGAAGGGUAGUGGUGAAAAUGAAGAGAGAGAUGUGAUGUACAUAUUGUUGGAGACUUACAGAGACGAGAAUGCAGAGGUGAAGUUGACGAGAGAGCAAAUCAAGUUUUUCUUCUUAGAACUAUUUUUGGCGGGCGUUGAUACCACAUCAGCAGCCAUUCUGUGGGCCAUGACAGAGCUCAUCAACCAUCCCCAUGUGUCCAAGAAGCUAAGGGCUGAGAUUGAAUCAGUGGUGGGGUCCAGCAGGCUAGUCAAAGAAUCGGACGUCCCAAACCUCCCCUACUUGCAAGCAGUCAUUAAGGAAACCCUAAGAAUCCACCCACCAGGGGCGUUGCUUCGAAGACAAUGCAACCAAGAUUGCAAGCUGGGUGGGUUUGAUCUAAAGCAGGGAACCAAGAUUUUGAUCAACACUUACGCAAUCAUGCGGGACCCAAAAAUAUGGGAUGAACCGGACAAGUACGAACCGGAGAGGUUCUUGAACAACAACAAUUCAAGUGAUGAUCAUCAGGCUUUUGAACAGAUGGGAACCAAGGGCCAGGACUUCCGUUUCCUUCCAUUUGGAAGUGGGAGAAGAGCUUGCAUUGGCCAACCACAUGCCUCAAUAGUGCUGCACGCAACAAUCGGAUCUCUGAUCCAAUGUUUUGACUGGAAACUUAAAGAUGCGGGGAAGAUUGAUGUACAAGUUGUGAAGGGAUAUGCGGGAGCGGUGGCACACUCUCUUGUGUGUUAUCCUAUCACACAUUUCGAUCCAUUUAAGGCAUAA